CUCAGUUCCCUUUGAGACUCGAACUAGGGUUCUGUCAUCUCUUCAAGAAGUAAACCCAAAUUUGAGAUUCGAUCCCAAACCAACCGGCAUGUCUUACUUUCCCUCCAAUUCCCAAAUCGAAACCCAAAACGCAGCGUCGCGUUUCCAGGCCGCUGUGCUCGUCGAUUCUCCCUCCUUCCCCAACGCCAUUGCUUGGUCGGACGAGAACCUCAUCGCCGUUGCUUCCGGCCACCUCGUAACCAUUCUGAACCCGGCUAAACUGCCAUUUGGACCGAGAGGCCUGAUAACCAUCCAAAAAAGGCAACCCUUUUCAAUUGGUUUCAUUGAUAGACAAGAUUUAUUAUCUGGUUGCAUGCUGCCGACCGUUUUAUCACGGGAUGAACCUUGUGUCCGAUCGAUUUCAUGGUCCCCAGUUGGGCUUGCUCCAAAUGCAGGCUGCUUGCUGGCUGUCUGCACCAGGCAAGGAUUCGUCAAGCUCUACCGUCUGCCAUUUUGUGAUUUUUGUGCUGAAUGGAUAGAGGUUGAGGAUAUAUCAACCAAGCUUUAUGAUUAUCUUGUGAGUAUUAAUUUUGGGGAGGUACCAGCUUUUUCAUUGAAGCCGUGCUAUGGAAAUGAGCAUGAAAUAGAGCUUGAGAUUGAUUCUGACCCGUUGAAAGAAAAGAAUUCAAAUCAGAAUGUCCGUGCUUCAAAAUCUAAAGUAAAAUCUUUCAGGAAGAUGCCAGAAAAUUGCAGUGUCCCUUCUAUAACUGCGGAUCAAUAUGCUUCUCGCAGUGCAAUGCUAUCAUCACUUGUAGUUUCCUGGUCACCGAUGCUGCAGUCAGUACCCAAAAUCUCUUCAGUUCCUCAAGAUGGUGCAGCAAUCUCUUUACUUGCAGUUGGAGGGAAGUCUGGGAAAGUUUCAUUAUGGAGAAUGCCUGUGCCAGAGUGCUACUCUGUUGAUCAAAGCAGGGUUCCAGCUUCUGUGGUGCUCAUUGGGAUCUUUCAGGCACACGAUUCAUGGAUCACAGCAAUUAGUUGGGCUUUGCUUGAUUCUGAUUCUUCAAGUCCUCAAGUUUUGUUGGCUACAGCGAGUUCUGAUGGGAGUGUGAGGAUCUGGCUGGCAUAUAAUGAAAUAUUACUGAAGUCAUCAGAACCCACUCACACUUCCUUUUCCCUAUUAAAGGAGGUUGCAACUGUGGAUUUUGCCCCAGUUUCAGCACUUUCAGUCAUUGUGCCUGCUAAGUCUCCGCACAAAAUGCACUUAGCAGUAGGAAAAGGAUCUGGCUCGUUUGAAUUGUGGAUAUGUGAUAUCUCUAGCAAAAAAAUUGACAAAAUUGGCCCAUAUGACGCGCAUAACCAGGCCGUUACAGGAUUAGCUUGGGCGUUUGAUGGGAAAUGUUUGCACAGCUGCAGCCAGGAUAAUGUUGUACGCUGUUGGAUUUUAAGUGGAAGUUCCCUCCAUGAAGUAUCUAUUCCUUCAAAUACUCCUCGUCUGAGAAGCUCAACUGAUUUUCCAGAUGGAUUUGUUUCUUGCUUCGGUCUGGCAGUGUCCCCUGGAAAUCUUGUGAUUGCUUGGGUUCGAAAUCCUGAUGUGGAUAAAUUAAAUCCAAUGUACGAGGGAAGGACUCAAAAGGCCAUUGUUGAGUUUUUUUGGAUCGGUGGGCAGCAAGUCGAUGUCUUGUCAAACAAUUCCCCUGAUUUUGACACUGAAUCUAUUCGUGGUUUUCCUGAGAAGGAAUUUGUUUAUUGGGAGUCUAACUUUCUAUGGUCUUUAAAGCAGUAUGAAACCCAAGAGAAGCCUCUUGUUGUUUGGGAUAUUGUAACAGCAUUUUUGGCGUUUAACCAUUCUAACUCAGAGUACGUAGAACACGUACUGAUUAAGUGGCUCUCUAUUUCUUAUGUGGGAUCUCAGUUGUGUCUCUCCCGAAGUUUCUCAAAAUUCACUUCUCGCCAACUACACCUCCUCAAUAUAAUCUGUAGACGCAUAAUGCUAUCGGAGAUGAAGACUGAUGAAAUAAACAGUAAACUGCUGAACUUGGAAGGAGUACACGAGGCUGAAGAAGAGCAGCGAUCUUUGUGGAUUAAUCUGCUUUUGGCCAGUGAAAGAGAACUCCGUGAGAGGCUUGUGGGAUUUACAUUUUCUGCAUUUAUAAGUCUGAUGCCUACUUCAGCUGCAAAUUCUCCAUCUGGAAAUUGGUUUCCUGUUGGACUAGCGCAAAUGGAGCAGUGGGUUGAGCUUAAUUGUGAUCAUGUGCAGGAUCAGCUAAAGGUCCUUGCAUCCGAAGUUGGAAAGCAAGAGGGGAGGCUCCAGUCCAGUAAAUACUUGGCAGCGGAGAAGUGCAGCUAUUGUUCUGCAUCAGUUCCAUUUGAAUCUCCCGAAGUUGCCUUCUGUCGAGGCAAGGGACACAAACUAGUUAGGUGUGCCAUUUCUAUGGUGGUUUGUCCUACUACUCCUACAUGGUUUUGCAUAUGUUGUCAUAGACGAGCUUUCAAACUGGCACCAGAGACUCUCUUUGCAAUCCCUGGUUAUCCUUUUAACUUCAAAUCUUUGACCACAUCAUCAUCUUUGCUAGAAGUAUCCUUAAAACCAUUGUGCCCCUUCUGUGGGAUACUGCUGCAGAGACUACAACCAGACUUUCUACUUUCUGCAUCACCCACUUAAGUAAAUGAUUUCCGUCCAAGGUCGAUUUUCGGUCAGGCGCUUGGAAGAAGGUAGAUUGUACUAGCAGGUUCCUUCAACCAAA